CCUCCACAAUGUUGCCGUUUCGCUCUCCACUCGUUUCUUGGGCAUUUGCUUGCACCUUAACAUCAAGUGAUGUUGCCUUAUCGCGUCUCCUGAUGGCACCAGAGGAACCUUCUAGGACGCCAGACGAUGUAGAAAGAGACUUCUUCGAAGGCGAAUAUGCGUACCAAGCAGCAAGCUACACAGGUGCUGUUCCAGAAGCUCUUCUAAUAUCUACUGAUGAUACUGAAGUGGAAC